AGAUGUGGUUUGAAGACUAAAAAGCCUGUCCUGAUAAUCGUAUUCCUAAAACUCUGUUAGAUAAUAUAAAGGAUUGUAAUUAUAUUUUUAUAUAUAAAUAGCAACUGGAUCUUUUCAAACAGCUAAGAUGGCUGAUUCGAUGAAUGAAAAAAGACCUGGACUUAAUUAAUGA